AUGCGACUCUCAGCGGUGGUUAGCUUAGUAUCUGCCUAUUCAGUUGUUCUUGCUUCCAAUCAUCUGCCAGACCAUCGACCUCAUGAUGCACACAAACGGGCAUCGGAAGCUAGCAACACCGUCUAUGACUACGUUGUUGUUGGAUCUGGGCCUGGCGGCGGCCCCACAGCGGCGCGCUUGGCCAUUGCUGGAUACAGAGUGCUUCUCCUGGAUGCAGGGGAUGAUCAGGGAAACGCAACCAGGCAGAUCGUUCCUGCAUUGCAGCUCCAAUCGACCGAAUACGAGCCGAUGAAGUGGGACUAUUUCGUAAAUCACUACUCGAAUUUGACCCGUCAGGAGGAAGAUUCCAAGAUGACUUACCGAACGCCUGCUGGUGACCUCCAUGUUGGAGCCGAUCCUCCCUCAGGCUCUGAACCAUUGGGUAUCCUCUACCCUCGGGCUGGUACCUUGGGCGGUUGCUCAGCUCACAAUGCCAUGAUUACUAUCUACCCAUACGAGAACGACUGGGAAUAUAUUGCAGCUAUAACCGGCAAUGACUCAUGGUCCGCUCAAAACAUGCGCCAAUACUUUGAGCGGCUAGAACGCAACCGAUAUCUGCCAAGCAGUCUUAUUGGUCAUGGAUAUGAUGGUUGGCUCACAACGAGUCUGACGGACCUACGCCUCGUCAUUGAAGACCAGAAACUUCUCUCCUUGAUCCUUGCCGGCGCGACCGCUGCUGGGCAGACUCUGCUUGGCAAACUAAUUGAUACAGUGACAGGCCUCGCAGGAGUACUUUUGCGUGACCUCAACAAUGCUUCCCCUUCGCGCGACUACGAAACUGGUCCAUACCAAGUCCCUCUCGCCAUUGACGUCCCUGAAUACAAACGAACGGGUGCUCGUGAAUUCCUCAUGAAUACUGUCAACGCCGUCAACUCAGAUGGAUCACGAAAAUAUCACCUCGAUAUACAGCUGAACACGUUGGUGACUAAAGUCCAGUUUGAUAAGACCGGGGUUACGCCUCGGGCUACUGGAGUUGAAUACCUUCGUGGGCAGAGUCUCUACCGUGCUGAUCCCCGUGCUUCAAUGACAUCCUCCAACGGCACCCCAGGAAGCGUAAAUGCUACCCGUGAAGUAAUUUUGUCUGCCGGUUCUUUCAAUACCCCACAAUUGUUGAAGUUGAGUGGAAUCGGCCCUCAUGAAGAACUCUCCAAACUCGGUAUUCCCACGCUAGUCGACUUGCCCGGUGUUGGAGCCAACCUUCAGGACCGAUACGAGACUGGCGUGGUCGGAAAAUCCCCAACCGACUUUGUCCUCACCGAAAAGUGCACCUUCAUGUACACCAUGCCUGACCCCUGUCUGGAACAGUGGGAGAAUGACCCUCUGUGGAAGGGCACAUAUUCCACUAACGGCAUUGCCAUCGCCAUCAUUCGCAAAUCUUCCGUCGCUGACGAUGAGCCCGAUCUGUUUAUCUCGGGAGCCCCCGUCAAUUUCCCUGGUUAUUACCCUAAUUACGCCUAUGAGGGUCUCAAGGAUUCCCAGCACUGGACAUGGAUUACUUUGAAGGCGCGUAGCCGCAACAACGCUGGAACCAUCAAGCUGCGAUCGAUCGACCCUCGUGACACACCUCUUAUCACCUUCAACUCUUUCGAUACUGGUGUGACUACUGAUGGUGCUGAUGAUAAAGAUCUGCAGGCUGUGUACGAGGCCAUGGAAUUCUCCCGUACUAUCUAUCAGGACCUUAUUCCGCUUGAUGGGGGCUUUGAAGAAGUCUGGCCUGGUCCUAAUGUUACCACUGAGAGCGAAAUGAAGGACUUUAUCAAGCGAGAGGCUUGGGGACACCAUGCCUGCUGCACUGCCGCGAUUGGAGAAGAUGGCGACCCGCAGGCCGUGCUAGACGCUGACUUCCGCGUUCGUGGAGUGAACGGCCUGCGUAUCGUCGAUGCAUCAGUCUUCCCAAAGAUCCCAGGUUACUAUAUUGCCCUUCCUAUCUACAUGAUCAGUGAGAAGGCUGCUGAGGUUAUCAUUGCCGAUGCGACCUGA